AUGCUGCCUCACAUGACACUUACCAGCCUGUCCUGGAUGUUGCUCUCUUGCCUGAUGCUCUUAUCUCAGGUGCAAGGUGAAGAUGUCAAGGAAGAUGUGCCCUCUUCACGAAUCAGCUGCCCCAAAGGCUCCAGAGCCUAUGGCUCCUAUUGCUAUGCCUUGUUUAGGAUUCCUAAAUCCUGGUUUGAUGCAGAUCUGGCCUGCCAGAAGAGGCCCGAAGGACACCUUGUGUCUGUGCUCAGUGGAUCUGAGGCUUCCUUUGUGUCUUCCAUGGUUAGAAGCAGUGUGAACAAUGCCCAGUAUGUGUGGAUUGGGCUCCAUGAUCCUACACUGGGCCAAGAACCCAAUGGAGAUGGAUGGGAGUGGAGCAAUGCUGAUGUGAUGAAUUUCUUCAACUGGGAGGUGUCUCCUUCCAGUUCUUCAGGUGGUUAUUGUGGCAGCCUGUCACGAAACUCAGGAUAUCUGAAGUGGAAAAAUUAUUAUUGUGACUCAGAGUUACCAUAUGUCUGCAAGUUCAAAGCCUAG